AUGCAUCAACUUUUCAGACUGGUUUUGGGACAAAAAGAUCUUUCAAGAGCUGGGGACCUCUUCUCUUUAGAUGACGCUGAGAUUGAGGACAGCCUGACAGAAGCUUUGGAACAGAUUAAAGUCAUUAGCUCAUCUUUGGAUUACCAAACUAAUAAUAAUGACCAGGCAGUGGUUGAAAUCUGUAUCACAAGGAUCACAACAGCCAUCAGAGAGACGGAAUCUAUUGAAAAGCAUGCCAGGGCCCUCGUGGGACUGUGGGAUUCCUGCUUGGAACACAACCUGAGACCUGCAGGGAAAGACGAAGAUACUCCACAUGCAAAAAUCGCGUCUGACAUCAUGAGCUGCAUCUUGCAGAAUUACAACCGGACCCCUGUGAUGGUACUAGCCGUCCCCAUCGCAGUGAAAUUCCUCCACAGAGGUAACAAGGAGCUGUGUAGGAACAUGUCCAACUACCUAUCCCUGGCUGCCAUCACCAAGGCCGAUCUCCUGGCUGAUCACAUCGAAGGGAUAAUAAAGAGCAUACUCCAAGGAAAUGCCAUGCUGUUGAGGGUGUUACCUGCUGUGUAUGAAAAGCAGCCACAACCAAUCAACAGACACCUGGCAGAACUCCUGGCCUUGAUGUCUCAAUUGGAGCAGACAGAGCAGUACCAUCUACUACGGCUUUUGCAUGUGGCAGCAAAGAGGAAAGAUGUGGAGGUGGUUCAGAAAUGUGUUCCUUUCCUGAUCGGGCAUUUGAAGGAUUCAACCCACAAUGACUACAUCCUAAACAUCCUCAUAGAAAUAGCAUGCUGUGAACCACUGGCUUUGAGCAGCUUUCUACCAAUGCUGAAGGAGAUUGGGGAGAGAGUCCCCUACCUCACUGGACAAAUAGCAAGGAUCUUUGGUGCUGUUGGACAUGUGGAUGAAGAAAGAGCCAGGAGCUGCUUACGAUACCUGGUGAGCCAGCUGGCUAACAUGGAGCACUCGUUUCACCAUAUUCUCCUGCUGGAAAUCAAGAGCAUCACUGAUGCCUUCCCCUCCAUCCUGGGCCCUCACAGCAGGGACAUCUUCCGAAUGAGCAACAGCUUCACCAACAUUGCCAAGCUGCUUUCCCGACGACUGGAAAACGGCUCGGCUGGGAAUGGCAGGAGAAAAACCAGCGCUGAAGUUGGCUUUCCUGAGAAACUGGGAGAAGCCAAGACCAUGACGGAGGAGCCUGAAAGUGAAGACCAAGAAAAACUCCAAGUUAAAAUCCAAGCCUUUGAAGACAAAAUAAACACCGAGAGCAACACCCCUGGUUCUGUCCGCAGGUACAGCUUAGACCACAUCUCUAAGGAAGAACAAAGACACAUUCGGUUUAGCAGGUCCAGGAGUUUGGCUUUGAAUACUGUGCUCACAAAUGCAGUGAGAGCAGGAGAUGGGGAAGCUGAAGAAAGGGCAGGAAUACAUGCCAGCAUCUCUCUUUCAGAAAUAGACCCUCUUAGCCACGGAACUGGCAAGUUGCCCCUUAAGAUAGAUGCCCAUGGAUCACAGCUGAGAGAUUCCUCAGCUUCACACCCAAGUAUUGUGCAUGUAGAAUCAGAGACUAUGCCUGAAACUGUUAAAGAAAACAUCCAGGAAGACAUUCCAGAGACAGCCACAAGUCCCGUUGAAUACCAAGAUAAGCUGUACUUGCAUUUAAAGGAAAACCUCAGUGAAGUGAAGGCUUAUGCCACAGAAAUCGCAAAAAAGGUCCCAGUUCCAGACCAGUGCACCAUUGAAGAUACCAUGAGAAGUUGUGUGGCAAAGCUGUUCUUUACCUGUUCCUUAAAGGGUCAUUACUGCCUGUACAGCAAGUCCAGUUUCAUCCUCAUCAGCCAAGCACCCCAGCCAUGGAUCCAGAUCAUGUUCCUCUUCCAACAGAGCCUAUUUCCUGAGCCUCUGUCCAUUCAGAGUGGGUCUGUGCAGUUCCUCAAAGCCUUGUGGGAGAAGACACAGGCCAGCGGAACCCACAGCUUUGAAGAUGCCAUGACAGAGUCCACAUUUCCACAGCAGAAGGAUCUGGAGCAGGUUCAGCUCCAUCUGGAAGAAGUGAGGUUCUUUGACGUGUUUGGCUUCAGUGAAACAGCAGGGGCAUGGCAAUGCUUCAUGUGCAACAACCCUGAAAAGGCAACUGUUGUGAAUCAAGAUGGCCAGCCUCUCAUUGAAGGAAAACUUAAAGAGAAACAAGUCAGAUGGAAGUUCAUUAAAAGGUGGAAAACACGUUAUUUUACAUUGGCUGGAAACCAACUUCUGUUUCAAAAAGGAAAAUCUAAAGAUGAUCCUGACGACUCCCCAAUAGAACUCAGCAAAGUACAGAGUGUGAAAGCUGUGGCUAAGAAACGCCGGGAUCGCUCUCUCCCUCGGGCUUUUGAGAUCUUCACAGACAAUAAGACCUAUGUUUUCAAAGCCAAGGACGAGAAGAAUGCUGAAGAGUGGCUGCAGUGCAUCAAUGUGGCGCUUGCCCAGGCAAAAGAGAGGGAAAGUAGAGAAGUGACCACAUAUCUGUAG